AUGGUUCUCUAUUUUGGAUAUGCUCCAAUGUCCCUUGUACCAACUCUCUAUAUAUAUCAAUGCAACCUAGCUAGCUAGUUAAAACUCACACCUUUGGCUCUCAUCGCCAAGUUCGCCAUGGAGUGGCCCAAUGACCUGCUGAGCUGUGUGCUCCUAGCUUCCCUAGCAGUCGUGCUCCUGCAGCUGCGGCAACGGAGCAAGCUCCCACUGCCACCAGGCCCCAAGCCUCUCCCAAUCAUCGGCAACCUGAUGAUGAUGGGUCAGCUGACACACCGAGGCCUGGCGGCGCUGGCAGAGCGCUACGGCGGGCUGCUGCACCUCCGUCUCGGCCGGCGGCACGUCUUCGUGGUGUCCACGGCGGAGUACGCGCGCGAGGUGUUGCAGGCGCAGGACGUCGCCUUCGCGAACCGGCCGGCCACUGCCGCGAUCGCGUACCUCAGCUACGGCCACGCCGACAUGGCGUUCGCGCACUACGGGCCAUUCUGGCGCCAGGCGCGCAAGCUCUCGGUCACGAAGCUCUUCAGCCGGCGCCGCGCCGAGACGUGGCUCGCCCUGCGCGACGAGUCCGCGGCGCUCGUGCGCGCCGUCGCGCGGCGCAGCGGCGACGGCGAGGUGGUGAACCUGGGCGAGCUGGUCUUCACACUGAGCACGAACGUCAUCUUCCGUGCCGCGUUUGGCACCGGCGGAUGCGAGGCCCUGCAGGGCGAGUACAUCGGCGUCCUCCAAGAGUUCUCCAAGAACAUUAGCACGUUCAGCAUCGGCGACUUCAUGCCGGCGUGGCUCGCCUGGAUCGACCUGAACCGCCGCCGCCUCCGGCAGACACGCGACGGGCUAGACAGGUUCAUCGACAAGAUCAUCGACGACCACAUUCAGAGAGGCAGGAGUUCCUCCGACGCCCAAGCCGACAUUGUCGACGAAAUGCUCGCCUGUAUCCCUCGUGACGACGCCGUCGAUGACCGCCAUGGCGGCUCCCUCCGCCUCACCCGCCGCAACAUCAAGGCAUUCAUCCUGGACAUCAUGUUUGGUGGGACGGAGACAGUGGCAUCGUCCAUCGAGUGGACCAUGAAAGAGCUGCUGCGGAACGCCGACGAGCUACGGCGUCUGCAGCAGGAGCUCGCCGACGUGGUGGGCAUGGACCAGAACGUCUCCGAGUCCGACCUCGGCAGCCUCCCCUUCCUGAGGUGCGUCGUCAAGGAGACGCUCCGCAUGCACCCGCCGAUCCCGAUGCUGUACCACGCGACGGCCAAGGACUGCGUCGUCGGCGGCUACUCCGUGCCCGGUGGAUCCCAGGUGACGGUCAACGUCUGGGCCAUCGGCCGCGACCGCCGGACGUGGAAGGACCCCGACGUGUUCCGCCCGUCACGGUUCGCCGCGGAGGAUGUCGACGGCGACGCCGCCGCCGGGCUCGACCUCAACGGCAGCUGCUUCGAGUUCCUGCCGUUCGGCUCCGGCCGGCGGUCGUGCCCCGGGAUGGCGCUGGGCCUGCACGCGCUGGAGCUCGCCGUCGCGCAGCUCGCGCACGGGUUCCGCUGGGCACUGCCCGGCGGCAUGAAGCCGUCGGACAUCGACGUCGCUGAUGUCUUUGGGCUGUCGGCGCCAUGCGCCACACGGCUAUACGCCGUGCCUACACCCCGGCUCACCUGCCCGUUGUACUGAUGGAGUUACUGUGUUCAAUCAUGUGCGUGGGUGCCACACAAGUUCAUCCAUCGUGUGCGUGCAUGCAACGUUGCUUUUUUUUAUUGAAAGGCACAUAGAAGGUGCCUGUUGCGUCCGGUUCAUGUGUCGAGAUGAGUUGGGCAAAUAGUAAUGAAUAAAAAGUUCCAUCGAGGUGCUCGAUUGUUGUUGUGAA